CGUCGGCCGGCCAGACACCCCCCCCGCCGGACGGCAGUGUCGCAAAAGGAGGCGGGGCGCCGCUUUGCGACUGCCGGGCGGCGCGAGAGUGGGGCCGCUCCCUGAAGGGAAGGAGGCGGCGGCCGGGCAGAGCGAGCGAGCGGGCAGGCGGGCGGCGCCUCAUGGGGACCGUGGGCAGCCACAGCGAGGGCGAGGAGGAGGAGGCGGCCUCGGCGGCCGCGGAAGGCGGAGAGGCAGCAGCGGGGCCGCCGGGGGCCAGCGAGGCCAUGGAGCUGUCCUCGUCGUCGUCGCCGCCGCCGCCGCCGCCGGGCCCCGCCGCCGCCGCCGCCUCCCCUGUGGCGGGCGGUUCCGCCGGCGGCUCUGGCGGCGGCUUCCCGGCGGCGGCGGUGCUGCUGGGCCAGGCGCGGCUGCGGGAGGCGGCGGCGGCGCGGCUGCGGGAGGCGCCCUCGGCCGAGCCGCUCCUCUCGCGCCACCACGCCGCCCUCCUGCGCUGGCUGGAGGAGCGCCUGGCCCGCGGCGAGGAGGCCGUCAGCCUGGAGCAGCUGGCCGAGGCCCUGGAGAGCCGCGCCGGGCCCGCCGCCGCCGGAGGAGCCGGGGCUGGAGCCGGGGCUGGAGCCGGAGGAACCGGAGCCGCCGCCGGGGCCGGGAGCGGGGCCGCCCCGGCCGGAGGAGGAGCAGGAGGAACCGCCGCCGCCGAGGAGGAGGAGCGGGCCCGCAGCCAGGAGGUGCUCGCUCAGUUUGAUGCCGAGGGCGACGGCAUGGUGGACGUGGCCGACAUGUUGGAGGUGCUGAAGAAUUCCAGCGGCGCCAACCUCCAAGGGGAGCUGAGCCACGUGAUCAAGCAGCUCCAGGCUUGUUCGCUCAUUCCAGGUUUCAUAGACAUCUUUUCGGAAUCAAAGGAGCGCCUUAGUCUUCAUGCUUCCCUGAUUCUGAGAUUCCUGCACCGGCACCGGAUCGCCAGCACCGGCAUCCCCUACUCCAUUUUGGAAUACUUCAACAAUAUUUGCAUGAUGCGCUCUUCCGUGCUGAAGGAUUCUUUGGACCGACUCUUACUAAAAGAAAAAGAAUGUCCGAGCGACUUCAACGGCAGCCAGGAGCUGGACAAGCUGAAAUCCGUCUCCAAGUGCUACACCCACAUCGAGACCUCCUCCAACUCGGCCGACGUGGACAAGAUGACGAACGGGGAGACGUCCUCCUUCUGGCAGUCGGAUGGCAGCGCCCGUUCGCACUGGAUACGUUUGAAGAUGAAGCCGGACAUCAUCCUGAGGCACCUCUCCAUCGCGGUGGCCGCCAGCGACCAGAGCUACAUGCCGCAGCAAGUCACGGUGGCCAUCGGAAGGACCGCCAGCAGCCUCCAGGAGGUCCGCGACGUCCACAUCCCCAGCAACGUGACCGGCUACGUGACGCUGUUGGAAAAUGCCAACAUCAGGCAGAUGUAUGUGCAGAUCAACAUCAAGCGCUGCCUCAGCGACGGGUGCGACACGAGGAUCCACGGGCUGCGGGCGAUCGGCUACCAGCGCGUGAGGAAAGGCGGCGUCUCGGUCAGCGACGCGUCCGCCAUCUGGUACUGGUCCCUGCUGACCUCCCUGGUGACGGCGUCCAUGGAAACCAACCCGAGCAUUGUCCACACCAUCUUGCAAAAUACUCAAAAGGCCCUGCAGCAUAUGCCCCCGCUCUCCCUGUCGCCCGGCUCCACUGACUUCUCAAGCUUCUUAUCCCCCAACGUCCUGGAAGAAGUGGACAGCUUCCUGCUGAGAAUUUCCAGCUGCUGUUCCUCUCCAGAGGUGGAGCUGAUGCUGCUGGCGUUUGCCCUGGCCAGAGGGAGCAUCGCCAAGGUGUUGAGUUCCCUCUGCGCCAUCACCGACCAUCUGGAAACGCCUUACAAGGCCGCCUCCCUCAUCGCCGCCAUGGCCACCGUCCGGCAGAACCUGCUCUACAAAUACGGGACGCCGCUGCGCCUGACUCUGCAGGCCUGCGAUGUCAAAGGCAAGGAGGACAAAUCGGGGCCCGAGAACCUCCUCGUGGAGCCCUGGACAGGCGACGGCUUCCUGACGGAGACCGGAAAGACCCGCGCCAGCGUCAUUCUCUCCACAGGGACGGAAUCCGCCUUCCAGGUCACCCAGAUCAGGAUCAAGGUGCGGAGGGGGGCCAUCGGGGCGCGCUGCGGCCUGGUCUUCGCUUACAACUGCUCCUCGGAGAAAUUCCACGCCGAGGACCACUUCCGAAGAUUCGACAGCUACGACAAGUGGAAGCUGGAGGAUUUCCGGCGCUUCUUAAAGAGGAGGAGCGACGCUUCCCAGGACGAGCUGGGGGAGGAAGACCCUGUCGGCUGGUUUGAAAUGGAAGAGGAGUGGGACGAAGUGGAAGUCAAAAUGCAGCAGUGCAGAAUUUCCAAGUUUUUGAUGAUAAAGUUCCUCUGCACGAGGCAAGAGAAGGCGGAGCGACUCGGCGUGCAAGGCCUGAACGUUUUCGGGUACCUUCGGCCCGCAUCAGCUGAGCCCAACCGGAGCAAGAAUUGUCUGCAGUGUGACAAGGCCAACGGCGACACCGUUUGUGGGACCACUCUCCUCCUCAAGACCCUCUGCUUCAUUCAGCAGCUGGCACAGGAUUUGGUCCAGAAGAAAGAGAGUGGGCUACGGUACAAGGCGUAUCUGGACUUCUCGGGCCUCGAUUUAAAGCUGUUCUGGAACUUCUACAGCAAACUACACCAAAGCCCCCGGGAGGAGUGCAUCGACGCCCAGACCAUGAUCCUGCGCCUGCUCCAGAGUUGCUUCUCCACGCUGGCUGCGGAUGACAAAACCAGCCAGCCUCCGGAGGCAGCGCCGAGCCAAAGGCCUGAGAACGCGGAGGCGGCCGAGGAGCUCUGCAAGCAUCUCUUCGAAGUUGUCGAUAGAAGUGACAGCGAGUCCACGCUGUUGAAGACCUUGAAGCAGGAGAUCCACAACACGCUGCUCAGCGGAGGAGCCAUCUUCUUUCCCAACGGUCGAGCCAGGAGGCAGCAGCUCUUUGCCAUGCUGAAAAACAUCACCGAGCAGGAGCACAAGCCGUCCGUCCACCUGGCGUUCAAGUCCCUCUGCACGUACUUCAGCGAUCAGGAUCCGGGCGGGCUUCUGCUGCUGCCGGAAAAAGGGUCUUCUGCGAGCCUGGACACUGCUCAGGUGCUGUCGGUGAUGGAGACGCUUCAGCUGGUGGCGUCAAGAGAGUGUGAGCUGCUGAUGCUGGGGCUUGCCCAGCCGGACACCAGCUCCGUGCUCUCGGCCCUCUUCUGGUCCGUCCAGGGCAGCCUCCUUUCUUGGUGCUACUUGCAACUGAAGGGCGGCGAAGCAGCACCCAGGAGCCAGGCCACGGAAAUCCUGACCAAAUACGUGCAACAGUUCCUGUUGAGCGUCAGGACUAUUUUAGAGUCGCUUCUGUCCCAACACAGUGGGAAGGUGGUGGUGGAAAAACUGAGCAAUUCGGUUCUCGCCAUGGUGUCCCGCCAGCUGAUGACCUUCCUGCAGGAUUUCUGCACUUUAGACAUCCCACACUGUACCCUCCUGCAGGAUGUCAGCACUUUGAUAAAACUACUGAAUGACUUGACCAUGGAGCGGGGAGAGAGUCCGAACAAGGUGAACAUGGAGAUCUGGCAGCAGGAGCAGCCUGUGGUCCUGCGCACGUGGUCCAUGGAGUCUCCCCAUAACUAUGAGAACAAUUGCCACGACGUCACCGCCUUCCUCUGCCCGGGGGCAACCUACUUCGAGGUGGAAUUUGACGAAAGAUGUGAAACGGAGAGGAGAUACGACUACCUGGAGUUCACCGAUGCCCGAGGCGCAAAGACGCGCUACGACACCAAAGUGGGCACCGACAAGUGGCCCAAGAAAGUGACCUUUAAGGCUGGCCCACGGCUGCAGUUUCUCUUUCACUCUGACAGCAGCAAUAAUGAGUGGGGCUACAAGUUCUCCGUCACGGCCUACGGCCUGCCCGACGUGGACGUCUCCUGGGACCUGGACCUGCAGCUGCUGGUGGCCCGGCUCAUGGGGCGCCUGGCUUCCCAGAGCAUGGUGCUGAAGUCCCUGCGGGAGGCAAGAAGCGAAAUCGAGUUGCCUCCUGCCCAAGUGACCGCGGUCCUGAACUCUCCGCUCUGGAAACUGGUCUUCAGGCACCAGAAGCGCUCGGACCAGGAUCUGGGAGCGAGGGAGACUCACCCAGACAACCGAGAGGCCUCCCGCUCUCCCGAGGCCCCCGACGGCCACCAAUUCCUCCUCGGCUUCACAAAACCCGAGCCCGCCCAGCAGUUCCGCGGGCCAAAUUCUGACCUUUUCCAAGGACUCACACAGGCAUGUAAAAAACAGGCCCCCAAGACUGAUAUUGUGGCUGGUUCCACUGUUGAUCAAGCUGUCCACUCCACAUUUGCCGCUUUGGUGUAUCUCUCUCCAGAUUUGUAUGGGAAGCUGCAGAAAUAUGUGAACAGCGGAGGCAAGACACCUCUGAGCGAAGAGUUCGCGCAAGUCUACUCCCUGGCCGACGGCAUCCGGAUCUGGAUGUUGGAGAUGAAGCAGAAGUUCCUCGUGGGCCAGGGAGACGGCGGGGAGGAGAGAGCGGCCGGGGAGAUGAGCGAGGUGAACCCGGAAACACUUGCGCAGCAGUGCAUCCAGAAGAGCCUUUUGCUGCUGAGCUUCCUGCCUGCGCGGACCCAGGCGGAAGGCCGCGGCUCGGAUCCCGCCGAGGACUCCGGCCAGGGCCACAAGGACAAGCGCCCAAGGACGAGCUCGAUAGUCGAGGCGGAUUUCCAAGCAGCGGACGCGGCCCCUGUGUGCCGGGCGGCGGUGGCGGCGGCGGCUUCCGUUUCCCCAGAAGGCGGCCAAGCGGGAGCCGCCGACUCCCGGAGAAAGCCAGCCCCAGGCUCCCCACAGCCGGAGACCCCCACAGCGCCCCCGAGCAGCCCCCUGGACGGGGCCGCCUUGGAGCCCGAGGAGGCCGCGUCCCCGCCCUCCACCCCCACCCGCAAGCCGCCCUUCAGCCGCGGACGGCUGCGGCUGCUCUCCUUCCGGUCCAUGGAAGAGGCCCGGCCCCUGCCCAGCAUCAAGGAGAAGCACCCCGUCCUGAAGCACGCCUUGGACUUCAUCAAGGACCAGUCUCUUUCCCACGAAAGCGUGCUGAAGGUCCUCGCCUUGCGGAAGGCGCAAGCCCAAAGCAUCCUGGGUGUCCUGAAGAUGGUCCGCCAGUGCCUCGACGCCCUCAGCCAGCCCCACUGUUUCACCCCGCCCUGCAUCAUCUUCCUCCUGGAGCUUCUGGCCUGCCAAAAGGACUUCACCAACUAUUUUGGGCACCUGGAAGGCUGCGGGGCAGAGCUGCACCAGGAGAUCCGGGAGGCCUACUUCCAGCUGCUGCUCUUCCUGGUCGGCGCCCUCAAAGGCUUCGGCGGCCUCGGCGACAGAUCGUUGCUGCCUGCCUUGUCCUGCGUGCAGGCGUCCCUCCUUCACCUUCUGGAUAUGGGCUGGCAGCCGAGCGACCUCUCCUUCUUUGUCGAGAUACAGCUGCCGCAGCUCCUCCUCAACAUGUCCCAGGAAAACAUAAGUAUUCACGACAGCGUCGUCUGUCCGUGGAGCGAAGAAGAAGAGCUGGCCGGCUACAGGCAGAAUUGCGAGUGGAUGGACGAGUGUCAGGACGGACUCUUUGAAACCUGGUACGACAAGAUCGCCCAGGCAGACCCGGAGAAGCAGAGGAAGAUGCACAUGUUCAUCGCCCGCUACUGCGACUUGCUGCACGUGGACAUCUCCUGCGACGGCUGCGACGAGAUCGCCCCAUGGCACCGCUACCGCUGCCUGCAGUGCAACGACAUGGACCUCUGCAAGACGUGCUUCUUGGGUGGCGCGAAGCCGGAGGGCCACGAGGACAGCCACGAGAUGGUGAACAUGGAAUUCGCCUGCGACCACUGCCAAGGGGUCAUCGUCGGCCAGCGGAUGAACUGCAACGUGUGUGACGACUUCGACCUUUGCUUUGGGUGCUACGCGGCGAAGAAGUUCUCCGAGAGCCACCUGCCCACCCACAGCGUCACGGCCUACCCCCUGGUGACCAUCCGGGUCAGCGACCGGCAGCGGCUGAUCCAGCCCUACCUCCACAGCUACUCCUGGCUCCUCUUCGCCGCCCUGGCCCUCUACAGUGCCGACGUGGCCAGCGGCCAGGAGGUGGACGGCGAGACGCCUGACCCGCCGGUGGUCGGCCACGCCCGGGCCCUGCAGCAGGAGUGCAGACGCCUCAUUGCGGGCUGCCUCAUGCAAGUGCGGCAUGAGAAAGGGGCGAAACCUCCCGCUCUGCUCUGCAUGUUGCCAGAAGGCGACUCUCUGUCCGAAAAUGUGACGCCAUCUGUUGAUUAUUCCGCAGACCGUAACGUGGCCGGUCACGCUAGUCAGGAAGUGCCGGAAAGCAGGACGACACCCGCACCGUGCCCUCCUUCCGAUGUGGAUGUGCAGAGUAACGAGAGUCAGACCUCGGAAGAUACUGAGCAAAAGGGUGGCACGGAGAGCAAGCCUCCCAACGGCCUUCCGCCGAAGAAAGAGGGGCUGUCACCAGAGCAGGAGGCCCUUGCUUUGAAGCCGGACUUGCUAGCAGAAGAGAAGGCAUCUCCCGAUGCAGACCUUCCCGAAGUGGUGUACCUGAAAUGGGAGGAGAAAGCCAGAGCGAGCCCUGAGCAGGUCUUCGCCGAAUGUUCCCAGAAGAGGAUUCUCGGGCUGCUGGCGGCCAUGUUGCCGCACCUGAAAGCCGGAUCGGCCGUGUCUCUCACCGACCUGGACGAGAUCCUGCCGCUCAUGUUCCAAGUGGUGAUCGCCAACGCCGGCCACCUGAACGAGACCUACCACUUGACUCUGGGCCUCCUGGGCCAGCUCAUCCGGAGGCUGACCCCCGCGCAAGUGGACGCCGCCGUGACGCAGGUCCUCUCGGCCAAGCACAGCCUGGUCACGGCCGGAGACGGAUCCACCCUGCCCGAGGGCUGGAAGACGACCCACCUCCUCUUCAGCCUGGGGACCGUCUGCCUGGACAGCCGUGUGGGCCUGGACUGGGCCUGCACCAUGGCCGACAUCCUCCAGGCGCUGAACUCCUCCGCCCAGUGGCACGGCGUGAUUGCUGCCUUCACCGACCACGGCGUCAAGCAGCUGCCCUUCCAGCUGAAGCACACCAACAUCUUCACUCUGCUGGUGCUGGUCGGCUUCCCCGAGGUUCUGUGCACGGGAACCCGGUCGGUGUACAUGGACAACGCCAACGAAGCCCACGACGUGAUCAUCCUCAAGCACUUCAUGGAGAAGAACAGGGCGGUGGUCGUGGAUGUCAAAACCCGGAAGAGGAAAACAGUGAAAGACUACCAGCUGGCCCCGCAGAGCAGCUGGGGCCAGGGCGAGUCCCCGGGCCAGCUGCGCCAGCACCUGCAGCAGUUCGUCUCCAUCAGCAGCCACCUCCUCCAGACCAGCAUCGACAGCAGCUCGGCCGAGGCGGUGGAGGCCUCCUGGGUCCUGUCGCUGGCUCUCAAGGGGCUGUACAGGACGCUGAAGACGCACGCCUUCGAAGAGAUCCGCAAGGCCUUCCUGCAGACGGGCUUGCUGAAGCUGCUGGUGAAGAAGUGCAGCAGAGGCACCGGCUUCAGCAAGACGUGGCUCCUCCGAGACUUGGAGAUCUUGUCGAUCAUGCUGUAUUCCUCCAAGAAGGAGAUCGGCUCCCUGGCGGAGUGCAAAGACCCGGGACUCGAAGGAAGGGACCCCGAUCAAGCCGUCAACCAGGCAGUCGUCGCUCCCGCCGAAGCCGACCAGAACAGACCCGACCCGCUGGAGGGCUUGGACGAAGCCACCAAGAUCUGCUUCCUGAUGACGCAUGACGCGCUCGAUGCCCCUCUGCACAUCCUCCGGGCCAUGUACGAGCUGCAGAUGAAGAGGACGGACUCUUUCUUCCUGGAGGUGCAGAAGAGAUUCGACGGGGAUGUCGUGACGACGGACGAGCGGAUCCGGACGCUGGCCCAGAAGUGGCAGCCCAGCAAGCGCCUGCGGUCGGAGGAGCAGAGCUCCAAGGCGGUCGACACGGACAUGAUCAUCCUGCCGUGCCUGUCCAAGCCGGCCGCCUGCCCCCAGGCCAGCGAGGAGUCGAACCCGGUCCCCCAGAAGCUGAUCACCACCACGGAGAGCGACCUGCAGGCCAGCUACGCCAAGCAGCGCCGCACGAAGAGCGCCGCCCUCCUCCGCAAGGAGCUGGACUCCCGGAGCAAGAAGGCCGUGCGGGGCUACCUCUCCCGGGUCAACGAGGCCACCGCCGUCCUCUAUGCCCGCCACGUGCUGGCCCUGCUGCUGGCCGAGUGGCCCGACGACGUGGCCCUCAGCGAGGAGAUGCUGGAGCUGAGCGGCCCGGCCCACAUGGCCUACCUCCUGGACAUGCUGAUGCAGCUGGAAGAGAAGCCGCUGUGGGAGAAGAUUCUCCGGAAAGUCCUGCGGGGCUGUGACGAGAGCAUGCUAGCCACCAUGGCCCUCACGGCCUGCCAGUUUAUGGAGGAGCCUGGGAUGGCCACCCAGGUGCGCGAGUCCCGGCAUCCCUACAACGACAACACCAAUUUUGAGGACAAGGUUCACAUCCCCGGCGCGAUCUACCUCGCCAUCAAAUUUGACCCGCAGUGCAACACGGAGGAGGGCUGUGACGAACUGUUCAUCUCCAGCAGCCGGGACUUCUUGCACGACCGGCACUCCUUCAGCGGGCCUCCGCACAAGUGGGCCGACUUUGAGCUCCCAGGAGACACCCUCUACUACCGGUUCACCUCCGACAUGAGCAACACCGAGUGGGGCUACAAGUUCACGGUGACCGCCGGCCACCUGGGCAGGUUCCAGACAGGCUUUGAGAUCCUGAAGCAGAUGCUGUCGGAGGAGAGGGUGGUCCGGCACCUCCCGCUGGCCCAGGUGUGGGCGUGGCAGGUGGGCGUGGCCUGCCGGCAGACGGGCUCCCAGCGCCUGAAGGCCAUCCAUCUGCUCCUGAGGAUCGUGCAGCGCUGCAGCCAGAGGGACUGCGACCUGACGCUGCUGAAGCCGCUCUGGCAGCUCUUCUCCCAGAUGGAGACCAGCCGGCAGCACGACCUGACCAAGCUGGGGGUCCUGCUCCCCCUGCACCGGGCCCUGACGGAGCUCUUCUUUGUCACGGAGAACAGAGUCGGCGAACUCGGAUCUCUGCAGGAUUACUUGCUUGCCUUAAAUACGGAAGACCAUCUCCACCGCUGCGCAGCCCAGGCGCUGAGGAACAUUGCCGCGAUUAGCUUUGCCAUCAACUAUACCAACAAGUCGACCAGUCCCUGGAGCGUUUAACGGCGGCUCCGCAGCUCGGGCCGGCUGAGUUCCGCGUCCAUCGGAGCCUCCGCGCCAGCGACGUCUCCCCUCGGCUCAGGAACUGGGGGGCAGGGAAAGGGGUCCUCCUGCUUCGGUGUCCGUGCACUCUCAGCCCCCCCCGCCCCCCACCCUUCUCCCCUCCCCAGCGCAGAUCUGUAAAAGCCAAAAGGGCACUUCUGAGGGAAAGGCGGUGGUGGUGGUGGGGGCAAUACCUUUCCCAGGAGCACUUUGCGCGUCAACUGCAGCCAUGUAUGCACCUCUCUUGUCGCAUGUCCGUGGAACAGUAUUUUCUUCCUCUGACUUUGGAUGGCCCCGGAAGGGCGGGGCGGAGGGGGCGGCUGCCCCACGCCGAAGGAUGAGGAUAUCGUCCAGAUAAGCCUCUUCUGGCGUAUCGUCUCUCCCGCUCCCGCCUGCCCCCCACUUCCCUGGCCGAAUGGCAAACUGGGCGGAAACACUCGGCAGCGUUGCUUGGGUCCCGAGCGGGGCCCUGCCCGCAGCUUUGCUUGAAGGCGCCAGAAGAGGCAGAGGAAGAUGUUUUUGGGGUGGGGUGGGUUGACGGGGGGGGCAGGGCACAGGUGUCAACAGGUCCCACUUCUUGCAAGGUUGGCCCCACCCCCAGAAGCCCGCUUCGCUUCCGCGAGAAGCCAACGAGGAAAAGGGAGUUGUGGGUGAAAUAACGGGGGGGGAAAUGUUAGCAUUAGACGCGCACACACGCACACACCCCGGGGCAAGGAGACGUGACAUUUUUCUGCGAGAGGAUGCCUCUCUCCAGCAGCCGGAAUGCCUUCGAUACGACUUGGGACGUGUGGCCUGGACGGCAUGGAAGUUGAUCAUGUGGCGGCCGGAGGGGUGGGUGCUGCUUCUCUCCAAAAUGUGCCUCCUAGAAGGGAGAGGAUUCGGCAGGGCUCUCUUGCUCGUACCGCCCCACCCCUUUUGAGAUGCUGGUCCCAUCGGAUGUCCCGGCUCCGAAGCGGCCAGCCGCUCGCCUCGUCUUGCUUCGCAGAGCAAUCCCUGCACGGCUCCUUCUGAACCUGCAACGCGCGGCUUUAAUCUCGGGUUGUGGGAGGCAGGUGGCUGCGGCUGGUUUUUUCUCCCUCCCCAAAGACAGACGGUAAGGCGGGGCGUGCGUGGAAGGUAGGGAUGGCGUUUUCUGAGCGGCCCCCUCUCGGCGCCCGCUGUUUCAGAACUGGGAUUCCGAGACGGCUGGGGAAGUGGAGCAGGAAGGAAGCCAGUCAAGACGGGCAAGUGAGCGGCUGGGGUUGGUUGGUGUCGGCUGAGCUGGAGCGGGAAUUGCCUCUCCUGGAAACGUUCCUAAGGCAGGGAGAGGUGGGGCUGCCCCCUGCCCCCUCUCGGCUGCUUUUCCUUCAGGCCCUGCCCGUGGAAGGGGAGAGAUGGAUUUGGGAGCUGAAACGAGUGAGGUGAUGAGGAAGAGGGGCGAUCUGGGGCGUGGCUGGCUUGGGCGAUGCCCCAUCAGGAGGUGGGGCAAACCCUCCCCCUGUCCCCGAGAAGGUCCUGGCAGUGUCUGGGCUGCCCUUCCCUCCCCAGAGCCCAGCUGUGGGGCCUUCCUAGGCCGUUGGAGGGGGAAAGGGCGGUGUGGGCCACCAGAAGGGGCCAGGCCGUUGACCAAAGUCUUGAGCGAGAGGAGCAGGAACGAGUUCCUCCGGGAAUGGCUUUCUCAAAGGGCAGGGGGGCUGUGCCGAAACGCCCACAGAGCUCACUCUCCGUCCGUAGUCCGCUCUCCUUUCUCCACCUCCUCUUCAAAACCAAAUCAUUGAUGGGCCGCAGCCUCUCUGAAACUCGCCGGCUCUCGUGGUGGCUUUUCUCCCUCCUGUCUCCGUUGGCUUUUGCUUUGCCGGCACACCGACCUGCUUCUACCCACCACUGUGCAGAGCUGGCUUCUUGCUUGGGGGAGUGCCCGGCCAGCCCCACUCCUGCUUCGACCCCCCUCUCCCCCAGCGGGAUUGACUGGGCCCAAGCCGGAGCCGAUUUCUAUCCUUGCCUUACUCUCGGAGGCCUCGCCCCGCAGGCAAGAAGUCGUGCUCCUCUCUGGGCCCGACGGCAUCCGGUGUUCCUCACGCAGCUCCUCGGCCAUUCGACGAGUCGAACCCGAGCCCAAGAUCUCAGCCUGGAGGCCGCGGCGAAGCAGGAAGGGUCAGGAAAUGUGCCUAAAACGACCGUUCUGCGGGUCUGAAUGAAGAAACCCCCACCAUCUGAACACGACUCUUGGCUUUCAAAGGAAACGCUUAGGACGUGGGUGGUUUCGACUUUUCCGUACGGGUUUUUUUUCCUUUUGAUUUUGCAAACUUCAAUGAUUUUUUUUUUUUUUGGUUUAACAUUAUUCAAACCAGCCCCUUAGAUUUAUUCCUGUUUGGUUGAAUGUGUAUAAAAAAAACAAACCCAAGUUAUAGAUGCAGUGGAUAUAUGCAAAUGAAGAGAUAUAUUGUAAAAAAUCUAUUAAAAAUGAAAGUACAAGGACCGUG